GCGACCCCUCCUCAAACAACAGACAAGAAAGGAGAAGCACCCGGAACCGAGAGAAAAACUCUUUACUCUUGAGUCUUGUGUUGUGCUGCAGCAGCAGAAUAAAUAGAUAAUACAACAUAACACACUACGUAUUUCCUGCUUCUUCUUCUGUCCCUUCUCAAUUUUUCUCUUCUUCCAAUUCCAUCCAAACAAUUAAAAAUAAAAAUAAAAAUAAAAUAAGCAGACAUGUCCACACUUCCCUCCUCAACCUUUCCAAACUCCAACCUCUCCCUCUCUACCUCCUUAUCCUCACAAAAACUCCCACUUUUCCACACCCUUUUCCCCAAACCCCUCCCUUUUCCUCAUCUGCGAAUUCAAACCCCACCACCAUUCCUUCCCCCGCUUCUCUGCAAGUCCCCCGAGGGCACGGAGGCGGAUGAGGCCGCGCCGCCGCCGGAGGAAGACGAGUGGCUGCAGAAGCUCCCGGAGAAGUCGAAGCCGCUCUAUUCCCACAGCCUCCCCUGCAUUGAGGCCUGGCUCCGGAGCCUCGGCUUCUGCCAGAGCAAGGAGGACAGAGCCCUCUGGGUCGUUCACAAACCCGAUUGGCACGCGCAGCUCUCCCUUGAUGUCACCGAUCUCUACAUUAGGUAUCUGAAGAGUGGACCUGGGAACCUUGAAAAGGAUGUGGAGAGAAGGUUUAGUUAUGCUUUGAGCAGAGAAGACAUUGAGAAUGCUGUACUUGGAGGACCAUAGCCAUUUUUCUUUCUAUCUGUCAUAUACAAACAAUGGAAUAAUUCCUUGUUGAAAAUAGUCAAUUCAUAUGUUGAAUCUUUAACUUUCAUGUCAGCAUGCCUUCUAAAGAAAGGACUAAAGAAAAUGUUACCCUUGUUUCCCCAUAACAACAUUAACACUUUUUUGGUUCUGACAUUAAACUACAAUACAAGUUCUAGGGCUAGUAGUAUCACACUACAAAAUUAUGGGAAGGUGUAAA